AUGGCGUCUUACUCCCAAAGCAUCUCCAGCUCAGAUAUCUCUACCCCUCGGUCAUCUUCACCGGCCUCCACACGCUCGACCAACACAUCGAUAUCCAACAAGCGCAUGUCUAUCUCCAGUCGCAGAAUGACAGACUUCAACCCCAUGGCGUCCGUUGACCUCGCCAUGAUCGAGGAUAGGAUGCGUGCUGCCUCUCUCGACCAACUCCGAGGCUACAACCAGAAUAGCUACGGCGAGGUUCAGCAGUACAAGGCCGUCGAGUACAUUCCGGAGUCACAGGCUCUUUCAUACCAGGUCCUCCGCGAGCCUUCGUGGAAUAGAGGUAUGUGA